AUGGACCUGGAUGUCCUGAAGUAUUCGUCCAGCCUUGCCUGGGCCAGCAUCCUCACAUGGAGCCUCCUGGGGUUGAGCUUCAGGAGCUGCCAGGCAGUGCCAGGCGGAAGCAGCGGGGAGCGGGUCCACAUCCGCCUCCACAUGCCGGAGGUGGUGCGCCAGCACACGCACUUCCACAACGUCUACAAGUACCCCAAGAAGUAUCCACAGCACACAGGUCCAGCGCCUGCCCCAGCGCCUGCCCCUGCCCCUGCCCCAACGCUGACCCACCCGAAGCUGGUGGGAAAGCCGCAUGUCCAGCUCUUGGGAUACACCACGGCGGCCGGUGGCACAGGCCCGAUGUCGCCGAGUCUGAUGCAGUUGAUGGCCACAGCGGUGGCGCCCACAAACAUGCCACCAGCGCCCGCCCCCGCCCCCGUCCACACCAGCCUGGCGCCCAACUAUGGGCCCGCUUUGUUCGAUAGCUUCAACGAGGAGCUGCAGAAGCAGGAGGCACCCCUGAGCGCCACAACGACAGCGCGGCCGAUCGCCAAGAAGCAACAGUUGCUGCAACAAAUCUUCACCCCGAACGUGAUGUCCGCCCUGCAGCAGGAGGCGGGGGAGGAGACAGACAGCUCCCUGGAGGAGGAUCGCUUCGAGAAGAACUCCCUGCUGAACCUCAACUUCCUCGAGGCCCUCCAGCGGGAAUACCUCAGCAAGUUCGGGGGACGGCGCAAGCGCAAGAAAUCGGCCACAAGAUUCGGCACACGACCAAAGGACUACUAUCCUGUUGCUCCGCUGAAACCCCGACCGUACUACUACCAGGGCAAUCAGGAGGAGGACGAUCCAGCCGAGCACUUCGAGGACUACAGCGACGAGCCGCAGGACGACUACGAGGAGGUGAUGAUGGUGUCGCACGAGGGCAGCGGCAGGGGCAGGUCCAGGGGCAGGCAUUCGAAUCCCACUUCCUACAUGGAGAGCUCCAGCUACUAUCCGCCCGAGACGGACCUGGACGAUGCCCAGGGCUACGACAGUGCUGUGGCAUUCAGUGGCCAGGACAACAGCAUCUCGGCCGUGCCCACAGUCGACGACUUCCUGGACGAUGCGAACAAUCAUCCAUCGUCUGGCUAUGGCAACUUCUACGAUCCGUACUCCUCCCAUGAAAUGGCCUCUCAGCCCUCGCCCUGGCAGCCUUCCCCCACGACGGCCAGCACCUCCGCUGGGAUGGCCAACAGCUGGACAGCCAGACCCACCGCCCCAGCCAGCUCCCAGCCCUCGAAGGGCAUCCGAUUGCGGCCCAGAAGUCCGGGCGGACGGGCCAACAAAGUCCGCUACGUGAAGCUGGUGACGCGCAAGAAGCGCAGAAAUCGCGAGAGAAUCAGAACGAAAAGGUAUCGUCCUUGA